UCUCUAACAUUUUCACCCCCCCGUCGGAUCGCAAGCUCAACCCUAGAAGACAUGGGGAUCUGCAGCUCGAGCGAGUCGACGUCCGUGGCCACCGUGAAGCUCGUCCUCCAUGACGGGCGGCUCCAGGAGUUCUCGUACCCCGUGAAGGCAUCGCACGUGCUUCAGAAGAACCCCGCGUGCUUCAUAUGCGACUCAGAUGACAUGGACUACGAUGACGCCGUCUCGGCCGUCGACUCCGAGGAGGAUCUCCUGCCGGGGCAGCUCUACUUCGUGCUGCCGGUGAGCUGGCUGGAUAGCCCUCUCGGGCCGGCCGAGAUGGCUGAUUUGGCCGUGAAAGCGAGCUUGGCCUUGGGGAUGAGCAAGGAUCAAGCGAAACGGGCGUACAGUGCACGUAGAUGUGGGUGUGAUAGCAAAAGAGUGGUCGAGCCAGUGGUGCUUGCGAGCACGAGAGAUGUGAGAACGGAACGUCGCAAUAAAAUCUCUCUUGCCGGUGGCGCCGGGGAUGGAAGACCGCCGGUGAAGAGAAGAGGGAGGAGCGGUAGUCACGGCGGACGCCGUGGACGCAGUAUUAAGGCAAAGCUGAGUAUUAUUUCGGAGGAAGACGAAUAAUUUCGAUAGCACUUCUCG